AUGAGCAACUUCCCACCCGGUAACGAAGGCUACCAGUCCAGUAAUAAUCCCUACGACCAGCCACCACCGCAGCAAUCUCAAUACGGACACCCCGGACCAGCGUACAAUAACAAYCCAGCAGAGUAUCAAUCCAGCUACCCUACGCAGCACAACUCCUACGAAGAAGGAAACACUCAGGGAUCCGCGCAAAGCUACUAUAGCAAUCAGCAAUAUCCUCAACCGCCUCGACAAGAUAUGUCCCAUCAAGGUCCGCCGUCCGAGUAUGGCUAUCAUGAUCAACAGCAGCCUCAUUCCUACAAUCCUAAUCCACAGUCGGGAUAUCAUUCCCCUCAACAACACCAACAGCAACAACAACAACAUUACGAUGAGCGCUCGCAGUACCCAGCUCCACAGUCGGGAUAUCCUCCCCCUCAAUCCAAUCAGGCAUAUUCCCCCGCCCACCCUCAACCGCAGUGGAAUCAGCAGCACGUUCCGCAGAAUAUGUCUACGCAGGGAUCAUACGGAGUUCCACCAGGUCAAUAUCCACCAGGCCAAUAUCCACCAGGCCAAUAUCCGCCAGGCCCCUCAGACCAAGACCGCGGCCUAAUGGGCGCUCUAGCCGGCGGGGCAGCAGGAGCCUACGGAGGCCAUCAAAUGGGCCAUGGUAUCCUCGGUGGUGUGGGAGGUGCGGUUGCCGGUUCCAUGCUUGAGGAUAGCUUCAAGAAGAAGAAACAUAAGAAGGAGAAGAGGCAGAAGAAAUCUCGUCGUGGUUCGCAUUCUAGCUCUAGUUCUUCUUCCUCCUCCUCCUCCUCCUCCUCUUCUUCGUCCUCGGAUUCGGAUUCUAAAAAGAAGAAGAAGAAGUCUCACAGAGGUUAUUAA